AUGGGUUCCAUUCAAACCGAUCACGUCGGGGUAGUCCCUUACAAUGGCAUACCCUUCUUCACCCCUGCCAACAACGGUGGUGCUGCAAUCGACCCGAGCAGUCUGAAUACACCCACCCUUUUCCGCCCCCUUCAAAUCCGACAGCUCACGUUGAAGAACCGAGUCAUGCUUGCCCCUAUGUGCAUGUAUUCCACCCAAUCAGAUCCCUCGUCACCCUACGUUGGUGCUCUGACAGAUUAUCACCUCGCUCAUCUUGGAAAUCUCGCUCUCAAGGGCAUAGGAUUGAUCAUCAUUGAGGCAACUUCGGUUCAGUUCAACGGACGCAUCUCUCCGAACGACUCGGGUCUCUGGCAACCGGGCACAGAAUCGGAACAGUUCAAAGCGCUCAAGCGCGUGGUUGACUUUGUUCAUAGUCAAGGAGCUAAAGUUGCCAUUCAGCUUGCCCAUGCUGGUCGCAAAGCCAGCAUCAUGCCACCUUGGGUUGCAAAGGAGGCAGGCAAGCGGAGUCUUCGCGCCGGUAAAGAGGCAGGUGGGUGGCCAGAAGAUGUGGUUGGUCCAUCAGGCGGCCCCGACCAUAUCUGGGCCGCUGGUGAUGGCUUUUGGACCCCGCGUGAGCUUAGCACAGCCGAAGUUGAGGAUUUGGUGAAAGCAUUUGCGACCAGCGCUGAGCUGUCUGUUCAGGCGGGCGUCGACACCAUUGAGAUCCACGCAGCACACGGCUAUCUCUUGUGCCAGUUUUUGAGUCCUGUGACAAACAAGAGAACGGAUAAAUAUGGUGGCUCGUUCGAAAACAGAACGAGAAUCAUUCGUGAAAUUGCAGCUGCCAUCCGGGCCGUUAUCCCCGAAGGCAUGCCAUUAUUCUUGCGAAUCAGUGCCACGGAGUGGCUUGAUGGGAAGUUCUCGGAGUUCUGGGAUCUUGAAUCGUCGAUCCAGCUUGCCAAGGCUCUUCCUGAUCUGGGAAUUGAUUUCUUGGACGUCAGCUCUGGCGGCAACCACCAGUACCAGACGGUGGAGCCUCACACCAAUUAUCAAAUCGACCUUGCAAGCCAAAUUCGAAAGGAAAUCAGGAAGGCGGGACAGACGACAUUGGUUGGAGCCGUGGGACUGAUUACAGAAGCCCACGCGGCAAGUCAGAUUGUGCAAGGCGCCGAUCUGCAUGAAGCAAAGACAGCCGAGGCGAUGAUUGCUGGUCCAGAGGCAAGUGCAGAUGCAGUUCUGCUGGGUCGCCAGUUUCUCCGUGAAGCUGACUGGGUCUAUCACGCUGCCAAAGAAUUGAAUGUCCAGAUCACAGCACCAAAGCAGCUUGGUCGUGCGAUUUGA